AUGAUCAACGACGAUAGCAACGCUAAAAUCGAGCCUAAGCACUACGUCGAAUCCGAAGUUCGACCAUACACGCAAGAAGAGCAAUUCUUUGUCGACCAACCCGUUAUCCCUGGUUCUUACGUUGGUCCAGUUGACGAGACUCUCCCUGGCGCGGACAAGGCCCCUUUGCUUUUUCAGCCCCUCACGAUCAAGAAUUUAACAAUCCAGAACCGCAUUGUGGUCGCACCCAUGUGCCAAUAUUCUUCUAAAGACGGUAUCAUGGGGGAUUACCACCUUGUCCACUUGGGCCAAUUUGCACUGAAUGGCGCUGGACUUGUCUUAGCGGAGGCAACUGCUGUCGAAGCGCGUGGACGCAUUAGCCCUCAUGAUACCGGCAUUUGGUCCGAUGCUCAUAUCCCUGGCCUGAAGCGCGUUGUCAACUUUGUCCACGCCCAGGGAUCCAAGAUUGGUAUCCAGCUUGGCCAUGCUGGUCGCAAGUCGUCUGUACCUGGGUACUACGCAAAGCUAGAAGACUCAGACUACUGGCUUGAUGAAGUUAUUGCCCCCACUGGCGGCAUUGCAUAUGAUCACCACCACCGAGUGCCUCGCGAGCUGCAUAUUGACGAGAUCCCUGAGGUUAUUAAGGCUUUCGGUCAGGCUGCUCGUCGUGCUAACGAGGCAGGAAUGGAUACUGUUGAGAUUCAUGCCGCUCACGGUUACUUGAUUCACCAGUUCCUCUCACCCUUUACCAACAAGCGUACAGACAAGUAUGGUGGUUCGCUCGAGAACCGUGCCCGCCUCUUGCUUGAGGUUAUCGAAGUUGUUCGUGCCAACUUCCCUGCUGAGAAGCCUAUCUUUGUCCGUAUCUCAGCUUCUGAUAAUGUGGAACAUUUGAAAGAUGAGCCCUCCUGGGACAUCGAACAGACAGUUCAAGUUGCCAAGUGGAUUCAUGACGCUGGUGUGGAUGUUCUCCAUGUAUCUUCUGCUGGCAACGUGGCGCAGCAGCAGAUCAAGUACGCGCCCAGCUACCAGGUCCCCUAUGCAGAGCGUGUUAAGAAGGCAGUUCCUGGAUUGUUUGUGAUUGCAGUCGGGGUGAUCACCAGUGGUACGCAGGCUGAGCAGAUCUUGGAAGAGGGCAAGGCUGAUCUGGUUGCAUUGGCAAGAGGAUUCUUAAGAUAUCCUAAUUUUGUAUACAAUGCUGCAAAGGAGCUGAACGUCCGUCCCCGUUACACUGCACAGUAUAACAUGUUCCUUUCCAAAUCGACUUUGUAA